GCCAGUACGCCACAUCCUGUACACUGGUUAGUCUUAUGGGCAUCCUGCUUUGAGUGCAGCUGAAGUAUUUUGCAAUACCCUCACUCAUCACCCGUGUGUCCAGACAAGGAAGAGCGGAGAGGGAUAAUCCCGUCCAGAAGACAGGGCCUGCCACGACUCAGGGCUGGCGGUGGGUGCCGCCCGCCCAGCUUUAGAGCCACGACGACCCACAGUCCCUGACAGCCUGGGCUUCAGAUGAAGGUGGGUCAACAAUCAUGAGGUCUUCCUGUCAGGUUUCAUCAAGGCCUAAGGGAUCUGGAUGCAAGUGGAUGGUGCAGGCUGCAGGGCUGGCCGUGUGUCCCCGUCCCACCACCCUCCUGGCCCUCGUGCUCUGUCUCUGCCAGACCAUCUACAUGCAGGAGGGGGUCCUGCCCAAACCCUCCAUCAGGGCCGAGCCGGGCCCUGUGAUCCCGCGGGGACAGCCAGUGACCAUCGUGUGCCAGGGCCCAGCUGGGGCUCAGGUGUUCCGCCUGGAAAAGAAAGAUGGAAGCCUUCUUCACGAGGAUCAACGUGUUUCACAGGAGACACAGGCCAGAUUCCACAUCCCUGCAGUGAGUGAUCACACUGCCAGGCCUUAUUACUGCUCCUAUAGCAAAAACUCCCGCUGGUCUGAGCGCAGUGAGCCCCUGGAGCUGCAGGUGACAGAUGAGGACGUCUCCACUCGGCCCUCAGGGGUCCUGCCCAAACCCUCCAUCUGGGCUGAGCCGGGCCCUGUGAUCCCGCGGGGACAGCCAGUGACCAUCGUGUGCCGGAGCCCAGCUGGGGCUGAGUUGUUCCGCCUGAUAAAGAACGAUGGAAGCCUUCCUUACAAGGAUCAACUUGUUUCACAGAAAACACAGGCCAGAUUCCACAUUCCUGCACUGAGUGAUCACACUGCCGGGUCUUAUUUCUGCCGCUAUUACAAUAAGUCCCGCUGGUCUGAGGACAGUGAGCCCCUGGAGCUGCAGGUGACAGAUGAGGACGUCUCCACUCGGCCCUCAGGUUUGUCCCAGGUCCCUGCACCCAGUUCCCAGCUGCGUCUCUGUCCUCAGGCUCCCUGCCCCCCUGCAGACCCUCAGCCCUGUGGCCCCUGCCCCUCUGCACACAUGACCCUCGACCUUCACACCUGGCUCAGGGCCCUGGAGCCCUGGUCCCAUCUGGACAGCUGGACCCCACGGCGGCCUGGACACUGAGCCCCAGCAUCACAGUGGGCACAGAGCUGGCCCUGCUGGGCUGGGUGGGGAGUGGCCUUCCAGAGACCAGCUGGGGACAGACCCCCUUCAGGGGGACAUGUGUCCUUUCCCUCAGGAUGGUGUUAAACCUUCCUUUCCACUGGGCCAGACCCUGUGGCCCAGGCGAUGUGUGCCCUGGGGUCCACCCUCCACUGGGCAAGUCACGUGGUCCACGGGCCUGACCAGGGUUGGAUGGUGCUUUGGGGUAUUUUUUGGCUGAGGCUGCCCCUGUCCGGGUGUGGUCAGACCCUGAGACACCACGGAGUCGGGGUCCAGCAAGGACGGCGAGAGUGAGGGCAGGAGGGGAAAUUCUUCCGUUAAAGCUGAGAUGUCUGU